AAACCGAGUGCUCCGGCUGCUCAUUGGUCCAGAAAUAUGGAAUCAGAUGACGUAGUAAUUCCGGGUUUUCUAUGUCUGUGAAGAGGUAACUGUCGGUCAUUUCACAGACAGCCAUACACACACGACCGACCGGCCGGGGUUUUCAACACUGCUGACGGUGUGACAUUUUUGGAGUAGUGGACUGUACUCGGACAUCUUUUGGACCAACGCACCAUUCAAAACUAGUUGGACCUCAGCUGCUGCUCACUUUUCUUUCCACUAUGGGUCUCCAGUCAGACUCGGCCCUCCAAUCUAUUCUCCUCUUUCCAAUCCACCUUCUGGUAUGGCUGUACUCUGUCUUGUCCUUCCUGCCCUGGUACUAUAUCACAGGUGCAGGGGAAAGAAAAGCUCUGUCCAAUCGGAUAAAGGCACGCUCCACUUCAGGCCGUGCUGAGGGACCGUAUCGCUCUGUUGACCACUUCGAUUCCCUCGCCAGGGAGGACUUCCCAGGCAAAGACACGCUUGAUAAGUUAUUCCAGCAUGCGGUGCAGCGCUUUGGAGAUGGACAGUGUCUCGGCACCCGUGAUGUACUGAGCGAAGAGAAUGAGGUUCAACCCAGCGGUAAAGUAUUUAAAAAGCUGAUCCUGGGAGAGUAUAGAUGGAUGUCCUACAAUGACCUUGACACUAUAACCACCAAGUUUGGCAGUGGACUGGCAGCUCUGGGGCAGCAGCCCAAAAGCAGUAUUGCAAUCUUCUGUGAGACCAGAGCAGAGUGGAUGAUCACUGCCCAGGCAUGCUUCAAGCGUAAUUUUCCAUUGGUGACAUUUUACGCAACACUGGGAGAGGAGGCGAUAGCAUUUGGACUUAACGAGACUGGAGUUACACAUCUAGUUACCAGUGUCGAACUGCUUGAGACAAAACUGAAAAAUGUGCUACCACAGAUCCCGAAACUAAAGCAUGUGAUCUAUGUGGACCAGAAGAAAGUGAGCACAGAAGGCUACCCAGCAGGGCUCUCCAUCCACAGCAUGCAGGCCGUACAAGAGCUGGGCGCGCUGCCUGAGAAUAUGGGGAGGGCUCUUGUUAAGCCACAGCCGUCUGAUCUGGCUGUGGUGAUGUACACCAGUGGCUCUACAGGCAGACCCAAAGGAGUCAUGAUCGUCCACAGUAACCUUAUUGCAGGAAUGACGGGCCAGUGUGAACGCAUUCCUGGACUUGGGCCUGACGACACCUACAUUGCCUAUCUGCCCCUGGCUCAUGUUCUGGAAAUGACAGCUGAAAUCUCCUGUGUCACAUAUGGCUGUCGGAUCGGCUACUCAUCCCCUCAGACACUGUCAGACCAGUCCACUAAGAUAAAGAAAGGAAGCAAAGGAGACAGCUCUGUGCUCAGACCCACCCUGAUGGCAGCUGUGCCAGAAAUUAUGGACCGCAUCAACAAAAACGUGAUGAGCAAAGUGCAGGAAAUGAGUUUCAUUCAGAAGAAGCUGUUUACACUGGGCUACAAUUAUAAACUGGAGCAGAUCAGGAGAGGCUAUGAUGCACCACUCUGCAAUGCCCUGUUGUUCAGGAAAGUCAAGAAGCUGUUAGGUGGACGGGUGAGGAUGAUGUUGUCUGGAGGGGCCCCCCUGUCUGCAGCCACUCAGAGAUUUAUGAACGUGUGCUUCUGUUGUCCAGUGGGCCAGGGCUAUGGCCUCACUGAAACCUGUGGAGCAGGCACCAUCACAGAGGUUGCAGACAUCAGCACCGGCCGCGUCGGAGCUCCUCUUCUGUGCUGUGAGAUCAGACUCAGGGACUGGGUUGAAGGUGGCUACACUAGCAAAGACAAGCCAAAUCCAAGAGGGGAGAUCCUGAUUGGUGGCCCAAAUGUCACCAUGGGUUACUACAGGAAUGACAGCAACAAUCAGGACUUCUUUGCUGAUGAAAAUGGGCAGAGAUGGUUCUGCACCGGAGAUGUAGGAGAGAUAUACCCAGAUGGCUGUCUACAAAUAGUGGACCGCAAGAAGGACCUGGUGAAACUGCAGGCCGGAGAGUAUGUGUCUCUCGGUAAGGUCGAGUCUGCUCUGAAAAACUGCGCACUCAUAGACAACAUCUGCGCAUAUGCAAACAGUGAACAGAACUAUGUGAUCAGCUUUGUGGUACCCAACCAGAAAAAGCUGACAGAACUGGCCAAACAGAGAGGCAUCGUGGCAACAUGGGAGGAGCUCUGCACUCACCCCGACAUGGAAAGAGAGGUUCUGAGGGAGAUCAAGGAGGUCGCUUCAAGCAUUAAACUCCAGCGAUUUGAGAUACCGGUGAAGGUGGUUUUGAGCCCAGAGCCGUGGACCCCCGAGACAGGUCUUGUCACAGAUGCGUUCAAGCUGAAGAGGAAAGAGCUGAAGAACCACUAUAUCCACCACAUAGAGAGAAUGUAUGGGGGCAAAUAAUUUCUCCCAAGAGUCAAAAUUAUCACCACUACCACUGCUUUGAUUUGUAAAUAAUAUUCCCGGUACCCAAUAGAAUUUGAUGCUGUUUGUGAACUACAGGCGUCCAAAUGAAGAUUUCUUGAACAAAAAAGCUGAAGCUGUAGAUAGUUGUAGCUGUUGAUCCAUGUGUGCUGCUUUUCUUGUGUGUAGAAGUUCUGAUUGUCAAAGAGAUGCACUCUAGAGGCAACUCCUAUUCCACGGUAAGGGUCCGAAACCAUUACAGCACUCAACUGCCAUCCACUUCAGUCCUUUGGCGCUUAGUUUGUAGCCUUUAAAAAGUACUGCUGUCCUCCAUAUGUUGCUGAUGCUUUGUUGUUAAUUCCAUUUGAGAAAUAUUAACAACUGUAAUCAUCACGGAGGCUUGUUAUGCUCUUUUGUAAAGUUGGAGUACUGAUGUUACUGUGCCUUCAGUCUGCAGUACUUGUGUGUAAUGAAGCAGAAGUGGCAUCUAGAUAAAAACAAAAAAUAGUUUACGCUUUUGUUACAAAAAAUGGCUAAACCGCCAUGUGAAGUUUACUUGAGGUGUUCAAGCUAAAGAUCCCCACCCUGCGAUGCAUUGACAUCACUCUUGGAAAAGAGCAAAGAAAAGUUACGGCAUGAUCAUGUCUGCUUGUCCACUUAUUUUUUUCUGACUUUUUAUUUAUAUGUUUAUUGUUUCAAUUUAUUCAGAAAGUAAGACCAAAAUGUGUAAACAUAAAUGACUCAGGAAGAUAAGCAAAUGUUUAAUAUAUGGAGUUAUCAAAUGGUGGGUUCAAUGUGCUUCUGUCAAAAUUCUUGUUGGCACCUUAUUUAUUAAAGAGCAAGCAUGCGAAACUACUAACUUACUACUAAAAUGCUUAUUAGCAUUAGCUAGUCAGAACUGGCAUACUGUAAUACUGUGCGUAUUUUACCUCAGUUAACAGGUUAAUGUACAAUUUGGUAUCAUAGGAUUAUCUGAAGUUCAUUUUAAUAUUAUAGGAGUGUCUUUGUAUUUUUCAAGGUGUUGUCGUGUUGAUGGCUUUUCAUCAUUAAAACUUCAAGAACGCAGA